UAUGAGCGCUCCCAAAUUGAAAAAUGUAAAGAUCAACAGUGGCUAAAUGAGUGCUAGCUUAGCCCUCCUUGAUCAGAAGUCAAGUAAUGUUAACUUUUCUCACAACCAGGAACCGGGUUGUAUCAUAAUUAAUUCAUCUGUCACAAUGAAGCCGCAUAUUAAAGAAUCACCAGGUGUCACUACGAGUCAGUUUUACGGUGACGAGAGUUGCAGACAGAAAAGUGGAUCGGAUACACCUAUGAGGGAAUCAGUGGGAAGCGAUAGUGCAAAUAACUCAGGCACGCCACCUUAUGUGAAAUGGGCGGUUGGUUUUGACUCUCUUCUAGAAGACCCAGAGGGUCAAAAAGUGUUUCAGUCUUAUCUUCGAGCUGAAGGGGCUUUGAAUAACUUAAUGUUUUGGUAUGCAGUGAACGGAUUUAAAACACAAUCAGACAAACAUAAAAAGUAUAGACUAGCUACAGUUAUUGGACGCACUUUUCUAAAGAGGAACUCAGCUAAUGCUCUGAGUGAAAUAGCGAGCGAUCACCGUAAACAAAUUUUAGAUGCAAUCAGAAAGAACCAAGCUGAAAACAACGUGUUUGACAAUGCUCAGGAGGAAAUUGAAAAUUUUUUGAAGGAAAAGGCGUACCCAAUGUUCUUGAAAUCGGAUGUUUACAUAGACUGCUGCAAUAAGGCUAUUCAACAAGAAGCAGUCGUCUCUAACUCACACAUGAGUUGUUCCAGCUCACCCCUUAACACAGCAAACACAUGUCAAACUGGAAGUCUUAACCAAGAAGGAAGUCCGACCAUUUCUACUUACUCUACGCAGAGCACUGUUACACCUACUUUAGACUCAAAAAAUACCACCACAGCCAAUGCUGCACAAGGUGCAGGCAGUAAUGGAUCUACUGUGACGCGACUUAGUUCCGCAGCUGCUGACAAUUCAAGUGAAGCUAGCCAAAGCUCUCAUGUCAUACAGGGUAGUACAGUUGACGAGGGUUCCGCAUCAGAUAUUUCUGAGGUACAAGAUCCAACGACCGUCACCGUCAUCACUUCUGGCCCUUCUUCAUCUGUGCCUUCAAUUUCCAGAGCAACUGCGCUCAAUUUCAAGCCAGCUUCUUCUUCUGGGCUUCCACUUCAACAGGGUAUAAACGAUUCAGGUUCAAUAGGAAAUGCACUGGUAGGGGGAUUGGCCACAGUGCACGAGGAUACAGAGCUGCUGUGCAAGGAAAUCAAUCUGAGAGGAGGCAACAAAGGCUUCGAGGCCACCACUGACAUAUUUGCGGCUUCCAUACGGUGCUUCGAAAAUGAGGGCGGGUGUCAGUGUGGGAAUGCAGUGGGUGGGUUAAACUCUAGCAGAAACAGUAGUGCAGGACUGGGAGUGAAUGAGCGGAGGAGUGACAAAGUGGGGGUGGCAUCACAUCUCUACACUAAUUUUGUGCCCACUGGCUCUGCCAAUGACUCGGAGAUCCAGUCCCUGUCCUCGGACACACACACUGACGACUCAGCCUCCCUCGCAGACUACUCAACCACACACUCCAUGUCAGUACACUAA